UAUAUAUCGCGUAGCCGGCGUCAUCGUCGUCAUGCUCGCGCCGUGGUAGCUAGCACGCACGCACUCAGCUACGCUCCAAAAUCUCCAGUGCUAGGAAGACGACAGCAAACCAGCCUACCUCUGAUCAUGGACGUGGAGGCGCCCAAGGACGUGGGCCACGGCCACGGGCAGGCGGCGCCAGUGCGCGGCCGGGCGGCGCGAUGGCUCCUCGCGGCGAUCAACUGCGGGAUGCUGGCGGUGGGCACGACGGGCGGGCCGCUCAUUAGCCGGCUCUACUUCAGCAAGGGCGGGCACAGGCAGUGGCUCUCCGCGUGGCUGGAGAGCGGCGGGUGGCCGCUGCUGCUGCCGCCCCUCGCGGCUUCCUACCUCGGCCGGCGCGCGCGCGACCGCGGCGCGGCGCUCUUUCUCACGUCGCCGCGCGUGCUGCUGGCGGGCGCGGGGCUCGGGGUCCUCACUGGCGCCGACGACUUCAUCUACGCCUCCGGCCUCGCGUACCUGCCGGUGUCCACCUCCGCCAUCCUCACCUCCACGCAUCUCGCCUUCACGGUCUUCUUCGCGUGCCUCAUCGUGCGGCAGCGGCUCACCGCCGCGACGCUGAACGCCGUGGCGCUGCUCACGAUCGGCGCCGUCGUGCUCGGCCUGCACACGUCCAACGACCGCCCCGCCGGGGUCACCAACGGGAAGUACUGGAUGGGCUUCUUCCUCACCCUCGGCGCCGCCGCUCUGUACGGGCUCAUCCUGCCGCUCGUCGAGCUCGCCUACAAGCACGCCGCGGGCGGCGGCCGCGCCGUCACGUACGCGCUGGUGGUGGAGAUGCAGCUGGUCAUGGGCUUCUUUGCCACCGCGUUCUGCACCGUCGGCAUGAUCGUCGACAAGGACUUCCAGGCGAUCCCGAGGGAGGCGAAGCAGUACGAGCUGGGGGAAACACGGUACUACACGGUGCUGGUGUUCAACGCCAUCCUGUGGCAGUUUUUCUUCGUGGGCGCCAUCGGCGUCAUCUUCUACGUGCACACGCUGCUCGCCGGGAUCAUCAUCGCCGUGUUCAUCCCGAUCACGGAGGUGUUGAGUGUCGUCUUCCUGCACGAAAAGUUCAGCAGCGAGAAGGGCGUGGCGCUCGUGCUCUCGCUCUGGGGGCUCGCCUCCUACUCCUACGGCGAGUACACCGACGCCAAAGCCAACAAGAGAGCAGCUUCCCAAGCUGAAGCAUCCUUAGUUCUUGUAUAGUGUACUGCUUGCUAGAGUACUUUUGUUGUGCCUGUGGCCAGUGGCCACAUAUGUAAUUUGUAUAAAGUGAAUUGAAUCUACGUACAGCAGUGGUGCAGCAGCCGCUCGUGGAGCAAAAAGAGCAUGAGUUUUGUGCACAUUGCACUAUUGUGUAUUCUAUGUUACAAUUUUUUGGGUCGGCAAAAACAAGCUACUUAACUGGCAUCAGUAAUGGCCGGGUACGAUAUGGUUGACCUUGUUUCUUUGUUCUUA